GAUAUAAUAAUGUAAGCAAUUUUUCUUAAAAACAUUAAUUAAUCGCCCACAUAAUCAGUGCGAGACAACGUUUAAUAUCGUAUUAAAUAAAUAUCAUUACACGCAUUUAUAUAAAAUGUCCAAUACAAAGUAUGAAAUCUCAAAUUCCUCUAAAGUAACAAAUUGUUUACCAAAUGAACCAAAUGAAUGUAUUUAUUUAGAUGAAUUCAAAACAUUUUUAAGAGAAUUAUCACGAAGUUUAGGUGAUAACAUACUUGAUAAUGGCACCGAGUUGCGUAAUUGUGUAACACGGGGUAAUAAUGAAACGUACCCGGUUAUGGAAGGCGAAGAAUUACAAGCCGAAAUAUUAAUGCAAAUUUGGCAGCAAUUGCAUGUAAAACAAUGUCCUGAACAUUUCAAGAUGGCUUUAUUAAAAUUGAUAUUGGAGCAGAUAUAUGGAGAAUUAAAGAAUGCAAAGAUACGAGAUCAAUUACAAAUUAUGCGUCUUAGUAUUGGUGAUACUGAUGCGGUUAAUGUGUGCUAUGACUUAUUGAAACUGCAGAAAUUCAUUAAUCAGUGGGUGGAUAAAGCUCUACUGCACUUAUCAGAUAACUCGAAGGAGGAGAAUUUAAAAACUUACGCCGAUUGCUUUAAUAAAUCGGAAAGAACAUCAAACGCCUUUUCCUAUACUGAAUUUCAUAUUAAGAACAAACCUCGAAAAAUGGAAGAUCGUCAUACAUGUAUGCCUAGGUUUAGUGAAAUGUUAAAUAUUAAAGAGAUAUACAGCUUUUAUGGUGUAUUUGAUGGACAUUCUGGUUCUUUAGCGGCCACGUAUGCAGCCAAUCAGAUACCCUACUUAAUAUCACUGCAGCUUAAACAACGGCCAGAUGUUCAAUCAAGUGAUUGCGACUUUUACAGGGAAGCUUUCGAAACUGCUUUUUUGCAAGCUGAUCAAAAUUUUGCUCAAAAAUCUAUCUGUAGCGGAACAACAGCGGUUUGUGCUUUAUUAAAGUAUAAUGCGGAACAAAUUCAACACCUUUAUAUAGCUUGGGUUGGUGACUCAAAAGCUCUACUUGUGUCUCCGACAAUGCAGUUGCAGUUAGUAAAAGCCCAUAAACCUGAUAAUAUGGACGAACGCAAACGCAUCGAAUCAUUAGAAAUAGGAGGUGCAGUUAUGUUUGUUCAGGGUCAAUGGCGAGUAAAUGGUAUUAUUAAUGUCUCUCGGUCAAUAGGAGAUUCUUCAGUAAAGGCAGUAAUAGCAGAACCUGAUUUUGUCGAUAUUCCAUUGCAGGCAACACAUGAUUUUUUAUUGCUAGGUAGUGACGGCUUGUGGGAUCAUGUAGGUGAAAAUCAUAUUGUUCAAACUGUUUAUAAAGGUCUAGAUGAUAACGAGCAAUCGUUAGAAGACAUUCCAAAGCAUUUAAUCGAAUUAGCUAAGCAGGGCGAUUCGCAAGAUAAUAUAACGGUGAUUUUAGUUUUAUUAAAAGAUCGUUCCAAAAUCAAUGAAAACUAUAAAAAGUAUCAAGAAAAAUAAAUGUGCUAAGUGCGGGCCAAUAAGUCACUAACUUGUGACAGCCAAAUCGGUCUUCACUAGAAUACUGCAAACAUAUUCAAGUUUGGUAUUGAAGAAGUAAUAUAUUUUAGGGAAGUCUAAAAGAACUUUUUCACUUAAAAGUAAGCAAAAAAAAAAAAGAAAAAAAAGACAACAAAAAAAAAUUAAAUUAUUUAAGAAAAUCAUCUCCAACGUUUUUAUUAGAACAUUUUUGUAGUUUAGCUUAGCCUUCUCCUUUCCUAAAAUAUCGUAAAAUACACGCCCAUUAACAACUUAUUAGCUUUUUACAAGCAGCAAAAAUGUAAUUGCCACGUGGCAAAUUGUAGAUACCUAUCACCUUAAGAAAAUAUAUAUAUGUAAAGAUUGCGAUGUAUUUUGUCAAAGUUAAAGGUCACAUUGCCGGUUCGUUUUCGCAUUAUGAACUUAAAUGGCUAAAAGAAGUAUUAGCGAACUUUAUAAAAUAUGUAGCUUCGUGACAACUCUUGGCGGAUUAUCCAUGUCCAUCAAUUUCCUAAUGGGGCAAUGAACAUCUUGGAUUCUUCCAAAAAUAGCCGACGUACAACGGACGGAUCAAAUCAUAUCGGUAGCUUAGUUUGACAACAGAAAUGUAUAUUAUAGGAUGUGCCUACUUAUAUCUUUCGAUGGUGGUGGAUGUAUAAAGAGAAUAUAUUUAUACGAUGUGCCUAAAAUUUAGCAAAACAAGCAAACAACGAUCAAUGCUAUGAUUUUCACUUAAAAACCCAAUUAACAAAUAAACCAACGUACAAGUGCUCAUAAGAUUCGUUCAAAUUUUUCUUCUUUUUUUAUUUUUUGUUUUUUUUUUUAUAAAUGUAUUAGGUAAAGCAUAUCUAAGCUUUGCGAUAAUCGUGUAUCUAUGUAUAUAUUUAGACAAUUCUUAAUGAUUUUUAUUUGCUUUAGACAGAUAAAUUGUGUAGCGCCUUUUAUUAAAAGCAACGAAUAACUACAUGUAA